UGUAUUUUAUUUAUAUAUUAUUUCUUUCUAAUUCAUUUUUAAAUGGGAUUCAAAUUCGGGCGAGGCCUUCCCGGCGCAUCAAAGCAGCACGGGCGGUUGGUCCGGCGCUCGCUUCUCGCAUGCACAGCGCUGGCCGCAGGCUACGCGUAUGACCGGCAGGUGCAGGCAUCCUCGAUCUCGCGCACGCUACGCACAUUCUGCGACAUGGCCAUAAUCUGCCUUGACUACAAGCUGAACUUUCUGCCGGAGCGCGGGCCCGCACACCUGGACAGGAUCCACCGGCGCGCGGCGCGGCGGCUACUGCUGUGCUGCAAGGAAAAUGGCGGGCUGUUCAUCAAGUUUGGGCAGUCGAUCGCCGUGCAGAGCUCGCUGCUGCCGCCGCCUUUCCGCGAGGAGCUCAACGAGCUGUACGACAAUGCGCCGUCGGUGGGCGUGCGAGAGAUCGCCCCGGUAGUGGAGCGAAGCUUCGGGCGGCCGCUGGAGGACGUUUUCAUGGACUUUUCGGAGGUGGCCGUGGCAUCGGCUUCGGUGGCACAGGUGCACACGGCGCGGCUACGCGCGGACCCGGCGGCCGGGCUGGUGGCUGUGAAGGUGCAGAAACCCGAGAUCAAGCUGCAGAUUGACUGGGACCUGUUUACGUUCCGCGCGUGCGCGUGGCUGAUCGAGCGCGCGUUCGGAGUGCCGAUUAUGUGGUCGGUGCGCGAGGUUGAGCAGCGGCUGCGCGAAGAGCUGGACUUUGAGCGCGAGGCGAACAACAGCGAGCUGGCGCGCGGCGAUCUGCAGCGGCUGGCGGACCGGCAGCUGCGGCGCGCCGUGUACGUGCCACGGGUGUUCUGGGCGGCAACGCGGCGCGAGGUGCUGACCACCGAGUGGGUCGAUGGCACCAGCCUGGUCGACCCCGCGCGGCUGCAGGCCGAGGGCUGGGCGGCGCGCGACGUGAUGCAGCGCAUGGUGGCACUGUUUGCCUUCCAGAUCUUUGUCUCCGGCAACGUCCACGGCGACCCGCACCCGGGCAACAUCCUGGUGCGCCAGAAUCCACACAACCACCUUUGGCGCGAGCCGCAGCUUGUGCUGCUGGACCACGGCCUGUAUGUGCGCGAGUCGCCGGAGUUCCGCCGCCAGUACGCGCAGUUCUGGCGCGCGGCUUUGGUGGCGGACCGCGCCGAGAUGACGCGGAUCGCGGCCGCCUGGGGGAUGGCCGACGCUGCAAUGUUCUCGGCGAUGGUGUCGCUGCGGCCGACGGCGCAGCUGCCGCGCGACGAUGGCCCGGCGGCGUGGGCAGAUGGCGGCCCGGACGGCGGCUCUGGCGGGGCGUACGAGCGGCAGAUGGAGGUCAAGCGGCGGGCGAUCAAGGCGCUCAAGGAGACCAGCGGGCUGCCGCCCGAGCUUGUCUUCGUCGUGCGCAACUCCAACAUUGUGCGCGCAAACAAUCAGAGCCUGGGCAUCCCCGUCGACCGCAUCCAAAUCCUCGGCCAGUACGCGGCCCUGGGCCUGCGCCGCCAGCUGGUCGACGAUGCGCUGGCGCCCAGCAGAAAGUACGACCGCGCAAGGGGCGUUGUUUGGGAGCGUGCGGCGCUGGCCAGCCGCGCGCUGGGCGUACUGCGCGCCGAGUGGAGCUACAUCACCUUCCGCCUGGCGCUGUGCGUGGCCGGCGUCGGCGUCGCCGUGUGGGGCGCGUGCGGCCGCGCGUAUGCGCUGGUGACUGGAAAGAAGUGGGGCCGCGAUUUGGACGUCGUCCUGGACGAUGCUAUGCGCAGGGCCGUCGAGAGGAAGCUCGGUUAUCGCAUUGACACAAGUCUGUUCAACGCGUGAAAUUGGGGUUGCGAGGAUAGAGGGGAAGCGGGGUUGGCAGACACGCUGUUAUCACUUUUUGACUCCGCUUUAUUUUUUUUACUUUUGUUGCUGCUCUCACGAUAGAUAGUUUUGUAGCACUUUUUUGUACACACU